GUAUUAUCCACCAGAGGUCACCGACAGCGUUUGCACUAGACGAUAGACGUCGUCCUUUCGAUUUUAAAUGGCAAUAAAUCAAUUUUGUUUUGAUGUUUGCUUUAUUUUCCAGUUAAAAUAAACGUCUUCACUCGUCCGACUUUUUGGAUUUCACGUCGACCGUCAUUGGUGAUGCCGGGUCGUCAUUGCUAACAUAYCACGGCACAAGUACACCGGGGCCGGCCGGUUGUUUUUCCACCGUCAAAUUCACGUAAAAAGAUCAAUACAUGUUAAAACACAAAAAAGUUUCCGUGAAAAAAAUUUGCCCCGGUUGUGGCCUACAGUACCCUGUUGCUGUGAAAACUUGUACCAAAUGCAAGCAUUCGUUUUACCUGUCCAAAAAAGACAUCAYCCCCAAAGUCGCCCCAGCCAAGGUGGCAGCGGCGACGGUAGUGUCAGUCCAAGAAUCCAAAGAUGGUUCAACCGCUCCAACUACACGUUCAGACGGCCGCCGUAGGACUGAACGUGUACGCCGUGAAAAACCUAACUAUUACGACGCCUCUGCGUUCAUACGUAAGACUCGAAAACGUACUGAAAAACCAAAUGCAAAACCAAAAGAUAAUUUUCAAGGUCGCCGAGGUGUACAGAUAUCACAGCCUAAAAAAGGUGUGGCAUCUCUAAAACAAAAUUAUAAAACAAAAGUCGUGCAAGAUCCAGAAGAUAAAAUAUAUCAUACUAUCAUGAAGAAUGAAAAAGCAAAAGUAUGUGCUAUCAUUUUAUCUGAAUUGAAUGACAAGUUAUUGUUAACUUCUUGGAGGCCGUGAAGUAACUGAUUUCAAGACUUAUUACUUUUUAGUAAAUUUACCAUAAGACAUUAAAUAAAUUUCAUUUAAAAAAAUUUUAAUUAAAAUUUCAAGUGAGCUAUGUUUAUUUGAAAUAAUCAAAAUAUCAAAAUUAGAUUCUAACUUACACAUUUUUACCUGCAAUUUGAAAUUAUGAAUGAUUGAUUUAUAAAGUAAGUAAAUAUUUCUUCCUAAGAUACUUUUAUUGAAACAGGAACGUUAUGUUCCUAGUAAAUUUUUAUUAUUUAAUAUAUAUUUUUAAAUAAAAAUGUGCC